AUGGCAAUGCCAGUCGAGCCUCCCCUAAUCCUUGCUUUUAUCCUCCUCUUUAUCAUCAUCAAAUGGGGAUAUAAUUCCUUCAAGAAAAGCAGGCUUGGUCCAAAACUUCCCCCUGGCCCAUCACCAUGGCCUAUCGUAGGGAACAUCCCUGAGCUCUACAAGAACAAGCCACCGUUUUAUUGGAUCGAUGGCAUAAUGAGAAAACUCAAUACCGACGUUGCACUCUUCCAUUUAGGCAGCGUCCAUGUCAUCGUGGUGAAUUCACCCCAAGUAGCUCGGGAAUUCUUGCACAAUCAUGAUGACCAACUGGCCUCCAGACCGUUCACCAUGGCUACUGAACUCUCCAGCCGUGGCUUCCUGAGCAUGGCUGUUUCUCCAUGGGGUCCUCAGUGGAAGAAAAUGAGAAAAAUGUACACAAGUGAGUUGAUGACCCCCGCGAGACAUAGGUGGUUAAUCGAGAAAAGGAACCAAGAAGCAGAUAACUACGUGUCUUUCAUUCUUAAUCAGUGCAAGAGUUCUGGCAGAGAUGGCGCUGUCGUUGAUGUCAGAACAGCGCUCCGUCAUUAUGCUAUAAAUGUUGUUAGGAAGGUUGUUUUCAACACAAGAUACUUCGGGGAAGGUGGGAAAGAUGGAGGUCCAGGUGAAGAAGAAAAAGAGCAUGUCAAAGCAAUCUUCACAAUUCUUCGGCACCUCUAUGCAUUCUGUGUAUCCGAUUAUUUGCCUUGGUUGAGGGUGCUGGAUAUAGACAAUCACGAGAAAAUUGUGAAGGAGGCUUUAGGAGUUAUGAACAAGUACCAUGACCCAAUCAUAGAGGAAAGGAUUACGAAACGCAGAAUCAAUGGAGAGAAACAAGAGCCACAAGAUUUACUAGAUGUUAUGAUAUCGCUUAAGGAUGCAACAGGGAAGCCAUUAUUAUCAGAAGAAGAGAUCAAAGCACAAUGCAUUGAGCUGUUCUUCGGGGUGGAUAGUCCGACGACUUCGCUAGAAUGGGCUGUGGCACAAAUGAUCAACAAACCGGAGAUUCAACAGAAGGCCGUAGAUGAGGUUGACAGGGUGGUGGGAAAAGGAAGACUGGUUCAAGAAUCCGAUAUUCCGCAAUUAAACUACGUCAAGGCAUGCGUAAAAGAGUCUUUGAGACUCCACCCCAUUACACCCUUUAACUUGCCUCACGUUUCCAUGUCGAACAUAGUCGUUGGUGGUUACUUCAUUCCCAAAGGCAGCCACAUCCUGUUGGGUCGCCGAGGACUUGGUCGGAAUCCUAAAGUGUGGCAGGAGCCCCUGGAGUUUAAGCCCGAACGUUACUUCAAUGACGAUAAAUCAAGUAAAAUAGAGCUGAUGGAGCCAGAGCUAAGGUUGGUUACCUUCAGUUCAGGUAAACGAGCUUGUCCAGGGAUUGCACUGGGAUCUGCGUUAAGCGUGAUAGCAUUGGGAAGGAUUUUGCAAGGAUUUGCUUGGAGUGUGCCGGAAAAUGAAGGAAAGAUCGAUCUCUCUGAAGCACCCAAUGAAUUCGAAAUGGCCAAACCGCUGCAUGCACAUGCCAGCCCACGUUUGCCUGCCACAACAUAUCCAAUUAUCUCAUAAAUUCUGAAACUUGAGAGGAAAACUUAAGUUAAGGAACUUGUUGGUGAUUAAAAUCUUAAUCUGGUCAGUGAAUUGGCUUCUGCUUGCUACUUUGUCUCAAUCCAGGGGUGGACAGUCGGGUUUCUGGAUUUGUUUUGUGUUUCAAUAAUUAAUAGCU